GAUAUAGUCCAUUGAAUGUUGAUAUAUCAACAUUCAGUUGACCAUAUCUCAAUUUAUCAGCAUUCAGUUGACCCAUCGAUAUAAUAUAGGGAUAUCGAAACCAUAAUUUCCCCAUUAAUCAAAGAAUGGGUCGUGGAUUUGAUCACUCAAAUGGCAAUCGCAAUAAUUCUGGCCAGCCCUUCAACGCUUUCGGAUUUAAGCGUUUGGCAGAGUUUCUAACGCAGACUAACGAUGAAGUGCUAAUGGCACUCGAUAAGAGUACAAAUAAUUUUUUGCAAAAUUUGCGAAAAGAAUCCAACGAAGAUACGAUGAUUCUGUUGAUUCUCAUCGUAGGAGAAAAAAUUUGUGGCGAAACGUCACUACAUGAAGUGCAAAACAAUCUGGUGGCCUUAUCUAUAGAUCCGUCGUUUUUAGAGAAAAUUCUCAAGUUUACAUCGCAGAUUCCAUCGUUGCGAGCAGACGAGGCGAACAGUGACAUCACAGUCGACCGAAGUCAUACUCGAAUCUUGAACGCUUUAUCAGCAUUCUACGGUCGACUUUGCGCUCGAAUGCCGGCUUUCGCUGCAGAUAAACUGCUGCCGUACAUUCAAGGAGCCCACAACAUAAGCGAACUGCUGUCGUUGAAGGGACUAAUAGAGAAAGAGAAAUCGAUCGAAAUCGAAUCCAGAUUCGAUGCCUUGAUACAGGAAAUCGAAUUGACGAAAGAGGCGGCUAGACAAAAUUCUACCGCAGAAUUCCAGACGAAGAUGAGAAAACGGCAACAGAUAACACCGGAAGAUCGUGACAAAUUGUAUCAGAUAACUCCGGACGACGAUUUUCGUAACAUGUCGAUUAUUCCAUCGAAAGAAGAAAUUCUCUCUGACGAAGAACCGUUCUUACGGCCAAAUUUAAUCGACGGUAAAUAUCCUUCUGCAUUGACGUACUUGGACGUACAGUUUCGACUUUUACGGGAGGACUUCCUAGCGGUUUUGAGAGAAUCGGUGAAGAAAUACUUUUUGAUGAAUGCGACCGAUCACGAUUCCAAGAACCAUCGUCCGCAUCCUGGAACAGUACGGAUUUACCGUGACGUAAAGUUGCACAAAGUCAAUUGCACCACAGACGUGACGCUGUUUACAAUGAAAUUUUCGACCAUCAACUUGAAAAGAGUCAAAUGGCAAAACAGCAAGCGACUGUUGACCGGCUCGUUAUUGAUUCUGACGCCAGAUCGUUUCAAAAACAUUUAUUUCGCCACUGUAGGACGACGGGAUGAGAAAAAGCUACCGCAAGGACUAAUCGACAUCAAGUGGGAAGGCAUUCGACCAGAUACCUACAAUAACGUCACGUUUCUAAUGCUCGAAUGUGAGGUCUACUUUGAAUCGUAUCGGCAUACACUAAAGGCACUUCAAGAUAUGGCAAAAGCGUGCCCACCUCUCUAUGAUCGACCGCGUCUUCAAACAUACAGAAUGUCCAAAUACAUUGUAGACGUCACUACCAAUGUGAUUCCACCGCCCGAGUAUCUUCUCACCCGUGACUGGAGCACGGCAAGCAUAAAUUUUGAAAUGAUUUUGCAAUCGAACCAGGAAGCAAUCAAUUUGCGUAAAGCUAAAAGGGAGCAAGAGAAAGAUCCAUCGUUCAUAGAUGAUGGACAAACUAAAGUGCCCGAAUUACAAUCUUUCAAGAUUAAUCCUUUGGAAUUGGUCAAGUGGCCGUCAGCGACUGAGCUCGGAAUGGAUUCGCCUCAAUAUGUCGCUUUUCAGUCAGCCAUAACACAAGAGUUGGCUAUCAUCCAAGGACCACCAGGAACUGGUAAAACCUACAUUGGCUUGCAAAUAAUGAAGUUGCUGUUGGCGAACUCUCUCGGAACUUCUGACAGUCCCAUCUUGGUCGUGUGCUACACAAAUCAUGCACUGGACCAAUUUUUAGAGGGAAUCAUUGCAAUCAUGAACUCAUUGAACAUUAAUCCGUAUGGGAAGUUAGUGCGCGUAGGUGGACAGUCGAAAGUUGAAGAAAUUCAGCAGUACAACAUUCGCAACAUCAGAGAUGAUUACUUGCGCCAGAGAAAGUAUGAUGACAGCUAUGCCCAACUUCGUAACCGAUCGAGACAUCAACUGAUUUUGCUACAGGAUCACCGAUCCGAUUUGAAAAGUCUUUUCUCCGAUUUGAGUUGUCCAGAAGGAGUUGUAAACUUUAGCAUACUGAACGCACAAAUGCAGAAGCACGACGAUGAAUUCAGUUUACAUUCGAUAAUUGAUGGUGAACUUGCCGAAAUUUUCUUCAGUAGAAAUGGAGCCGCCCUUUUCAAUUGGCUCCAAAUGAAUAACCAUCACUUCGAAUUCGACCAUUUUUCGGCCGAAAAUAUUCUCAAACGUUGGUUUCGUGUUACUGCCACUGGUAUGGCUAACGGUAGACAACCAGAAGUAAGCCAAGAAGUGGAGACACCUGAAGCAGAAAAUGAAGAUGAAGAGCUUCGUAGAAUUUUAGACGCUCACCGAAUGGAAGAAGAAAUACUGGAAGAGGACAGAAAAUACAAAGCAGAACGGUUGGAAUACCAUUUUUGCUACAGACAUGGAGAAAAAUUCAAAUCGGCAGAAGACGAACUAUUUGCUGAACAUCAAAUUGCUCGCCAACAGAACAAUCACCAAAGAGCCAGAUAUUUGGAGGGACGACUGUACGAAUUAACGUUGCAGAAAAAAAAAUUUAAUAAUCAAUGCGCGUUCAUGAAGGCCUUUCUGCGAAACUAUAAAGACGGUCGAAUUAAUUUACCGAACGUAACACCCGAUUCGCUAGCCAAUGAUGCACAUUCAGUGUGGCAGCAUACGAUCAGUGAAAAGUGGGCAAUUUAUUUCUACUUCAUUGACAAAAUUAAAAAAUAUUUGCUCCAAGAAAUCAUCAAGAUCGAAGCGGUUAUAAUGGAUGCACAGAAGAAAAUGGACGAAGUUAAAAAUCAAGGCGAUGGAUUUAUUUUACAGCAAGCGCAAGUAGUUGGCAUGACUACCACUGGCGCUGCUAAGUACAAUACUGUACUGCGUAUGAUGCAAUCGAAAAUAGUGAUUGUCGAAGAAGCCGCCGAAGUGCUUGAGUCCCACAUCAUUACCAGUUUAACGGAACAUUGUGAACAUUUGAUUUUAAUUGGUGACCAUCAACAACUCAGACCGCCAACAACUGUUUACAAACUGGCCAAGGAUUACAAGCUGGACAUAUCCCUGUUCGAGAGAUUAAUCAAAAACAACAUCAAGUGGCAAUAUCUUCGGGCACAGCACCGAAUGCGUCCAGAAAUUUGUAAACUGCUGGUACCCACAAUCUAUCGGGAUUUAGAAAAUCACUCAAGUGUCCACUUCUAUCCUCCGGUGAAAGGAUUUCUAAAAAAUAUUUUUUUCAUCAAUCAUUCCGACCCGGAAAAGGCGGACAAUGAUUCGAUGACAAAGUCGAACGAGUACGAGGCUCGGUAUAUAACCCAACUGUGCCGUUAUUUGAUGUUACAAGGCUACCAAUCCAGUCAAAUAACGAUAUUGACCACUUACAUUGGACAAAUGUUUUUAAUCAAACGGCUGCAGAUGGACGAAGGCGACACAUGUAGAGGUGUUCGGGUCACUGUUGUCGAUAAUUUUCAGGGUGAAGAGAACGAUAUCAUUCUUUUGUCACUCGUACGAAGUAAUGACGAGAAUAAGAUCGGAUUCUUGCGAACCGACAACCGCAUCUGCGUGGCACUGUCUCGAGCAAAGCAAGGCUUGUACAUAGUUGGGAAUAUGGAUUGUCUCGUCAAUUCGCCAUCGACCACCUGGAAGAAAAUAUCCGACGAACUAGCCGAGCAAGAAAGUAUUGGCCCCGGACUGAAGUUACGUUGCCAAAAUCACAAAGAAAUUAUCGAAAUAAAUUCGCCGGAAGAAUUCCGACAAAAAUCACCCGAAGGCGGAUGCACGAAGAUGUGCCCUGGUGUGUUGCCACGAUGCGAUCAUGCGUGCCGUAAAAUCUGUCAUGUGGUUGACAGUGAGCACCAUGCUUAUGAAUGCAAGGAGAAAUGCGAACGACAUUGUCCCGAUGCGGAAAAACACCGAUGUCCAAACGUUUGUUCGAUGUAUCCUUGUCCUCCUUGUCGAACUGCGAUGCGACGUACUUUACCGUGUGACCAUGUGAUCGAAUUACCGUGUCACAUUGACAUCCUAACAUCCUAUUCGUGUAUCGUAGUGGUUCUGAAGUCGCUGGAAUGUGAACACAUUGUUCCAUUACCCUGCUGUGUACCAGCCGAAAGUCAUCGCUGUACAAUAAAAGUGGACAAAAGCUUGGAAUGUGGUCAUACGAAGAUGCUUCCGUGCCAUGUUCCAGCAACAAACUACCAAUGUGUGGAAAUCGUUACGAAGGAUCUCGAUUGCGGUCAUAAAGCUCCAAUGAAAUGCAUCGAUGACGCCUCCAAGUUCAAUUGCCGAUAUCCUACUGUUCGACUUCUAUCCUGUGGCCAUGAGCAAACGGCACCUUGUAACGACGAUAUUCCAACCAUUAAAUGCGAAACGCAGUUGGACAAAGUGAAACCGGACUGCAAUCAUGAGGUAAAAAUCCCAUGCCACCUGUCCGAUGACCCGAAGAAAUGGAUGUGUUUGGAGAAUUGUGACACCCGCUUGAAUUGCGGUCAUCAGUGCGUGCGCAAGUGUCACAAUCUUGAAGAUCGAGAUCAUCUCAACUAUAUAUGUACGAAAGUAUGCGCUCGCAGCUGCAUCAAUGAUCACAGCUGCAAAAAGAAACAUCCAUGCCAUGAGAUCUGUGACCCAUGCAAAAUAUCGACCAAAAAAACACUCGACUGCGGUCACGACAUCACUGUCAAGUGCUUCGAAAAUAUUGCAAAUCGUCGGUGUGAGGAGUCUUGCCAACGCGAAGCAUUAUCUUGCGGACACAAAUGCUUGAAAAAAUGUAACGUGCCUUGCGAACCGUGCACUACAUUGACGGAGAAGAAGUCGAUCGACUGUCCACACACUUUCAAGGUUCCGUGCGACCAGAGAGCAGAAAAGUCAAUUUGCGAUGAACUGGUACCUUCGGAUAAUUUUUCUCUUUGUGGUCACAUUGUCAAAGUUCCGUGCAGAAUUGCGGACACUUGUUCACCCGAAGAUUGUUUACAAUAUUGCCGUCGACCUUGUGGCUACAAAUUCGAUUACGACGGCGGUUGUGGACACACAUGUGAAGGUGAUUGUGCUUCAUGCUGUCAAGGAAGAAUUCAUGUUAAGUGUAACAGUAAAUGCAAACGGAUUUUGGCGUGUGGUCAUGUGUGCAAAUCUCCAUGCUCAAGUUUAUGUCCUCCAUGUUCAGACGCAUGCAUUUUACAAUGCAAGCAUUCGAAGUGCAAAAAGACUUGUGGUGAGCCAUGCAUCGACUGCAAGGAACCUUGCAAGUGGAGUUGUGAGCAUUCGCAGUGCAAAAGAAAAUGUUCGGAAAUGUGCAACCGAAAUUGUUGUGAUGAACCGUGCAAGAAAAAAAUAAAGUGUGGCCACGAUUGCAUUGGCAGUUGUGGGGAACCAUGUCCACCGUUUUGCCGCAUCUGUGAAAAGGACAUUGUUCAGGAGGAUUUCUUCGGAUUCGAAGACGAGGAGGAUGCAAGAUUCGUGUACUUGGAAAAUUGUGGCCACAUCAUUCACCGAGAGUCGAUGGAUACAUGGAUGGCACAGAAAACUGAAGAGAAAUCGGAAAGCACUCAGAUAACUGUGAAGCGAUGUCCCAAAUGCCAAACGAUAAUCACAAAAUCUGUUCGGUAUGGGAACAUUAUCAAAAAACAGUUCAAAGAAGUGCUCCGAAUCCGUAAGAAAAUCUUUGGCAAUGAUCGAACACAAAAGGACACCCAGCUAGUGGUUGCUAGAAAAAUCCAAUGCCAGAGCUUUCAGCAAGAAUGUCAAUUUGAAAAUGUCCGAGAGUUUUUGGAAAAGAAUCUUUUUGUGAUGAAGAAAAUUAAGGUUCGACACGGUCACCAAAUGGAUCUCCAACUGCUAGAUGUGGACCAAUAUACGUUUGAGAGUUUGCACAACAUCGUGAGUUGGUGGGAAGAGGCCGAAAGAAAUAUGAAACCCAACGAAGUAACCGAAUCACCGCGAACUCGACAAGUCAUUAAACCACUCCCUAAAGUGCUGGCUACUAAGCAAGAUUUGAUUCCGGAUUCCAGAACGGAACUAUUGAACAUGUACAAGCAACUCUUCGGAAUAUUGCUCUCCCGGAAGUUACCAUUGAGCACUCAUGAAAUCAAUGACUUUGAUCAGGAGUUCGCUAAAAUACACGACGUUUAUCGUUUAGGACUUCGCCGUGGGAUCGACAAUUUCGAUUCGUUUGCCGGUGCACUUGAAAUGCACAAUGUAGUGCACAGGCACUUAAUGCAAAAAAGACCGUACGACGAGGAUAGGCAAAAGGAAACUCAAAACGCUUUGACGAAGCUGGAAGAAAUUAUAAAAGUCGGAUGGGUUGGCUUGGUGCAAAAACGCACUUCAGAUGCUCGUAAAAAUCGAGAACAGAUUUUCGCAGCAAUGGGUUUCCGUGGAAAUCAUUGGUAUUCUUGCACCAAAGGUCACUUGUACGUCGUGGCCGAUUGUGGAGCUCUCAAUCAAAGCGGUACUUGUCCGGAAUGUCGUUCUACGAUUGGUCGUGGUUCUCAGAACAUCGCUGCUGUUCGAGAUGAAUCAGCCAUUCAACAGCAAAUAAACAGUGUUGUUGACAUUUUUCCGGAGACGUAUUACACUCCAACCUUCCAGGAUCGUUUUAGGAAUGCAGAUCGUGGUCGUAUCUACAACAAACGCGACCAUAAUCGCCGUGGAAGAAGAAAUUGAUUUGCGAUGAACAAGCACCCUAAUUGUAAACGAUGAACUCACACGGCAAUUUUAAUGUUUUUUUAAUUUUACUUUUUCGACAAUAAUAAAAUAAA